AUAUCGUGGCGUAUUUUCAUUGGAUGAAAUUGAUGAUUUGGCAAGUAAACACUGAUUUUGCACAUGGAAUAGAAGAUGGGUGACACGAUCACGAUAAACCGGCAACUGUGAAAUAUUCUGUGAAGUAAACACAUUGAUGGUUUGAAUCAAGGAUUCAUGCAGCCAAAAUGAUUUUUUCAUGACGGCAAGAGAAUUAGGAAAAAGCGAAAGAGUUGUGUUAAACGGUUACUGUCGACUGAGGUCCUGAAAAAAGUGGUUUGGCUGGAUCGAGCGCUCCCUUUAGGAAGUCAUAGAUAUGUUGUCUUUAACAAAUUUUAAUUGUAUACUGUUGUGUUAUCUAUUAUAUAUCUCAGGAAGUUUUGCUGCGAAAUCGAAAUGUGAAAUCUGCAAAGAUGUGGAAAAGAAUUUUCAUGAGGGAUUAAAGAAUACCGCCAAGUCAAAUUUUGGAGGAGGAAAUACAAAUUGGGAAGAAAAAAGUCUAGGAAAAUAUAGGUUCAGUGAAACACGAUUGGUGGAAGUAAUUGAAAAUUUGUGUCAAAACAGCGAAAAAGAAUGUCAUACUUUUGUUGAGGAAUACGAGGAAUUGGUGGAAAAAUACUGGCAUUCUGUAUUUGCAAAGAAUAAAGGAACAGAUUUCUUCUUGUGGCUGUGUAUUGAAAAUGUGAAAGUUUGCUGUCCUGAGAACACAUACGGUCCUAAAUGUAAAUCCUGUCCUGGAGGAACCAAAUCACCGUGUGGUGGAAACGGGAAAUGUGAUGGGGCGGGAACCAGGAGUGGGAAGGGCACGUGCUCCUGUGACACUGGUUACCAUGGUGAUAUGUGUGACAGUUGUAGUGAUGGACACUAUGAAGAAGUGAAGAACGAAACUCACACAAUCUGCAAAGAAUGUGAUGCAUCUUGUAAAUCAACCUGCUGGGAGGCUGGUCCUAAAGGAUGCGAUGAGUGUAAUGAUGGCUGGAAACAGUCCGAAGAGGAGGGAUGUGUAGAUGUGGAUGAAUGUGAAUUUGAUUCUGCCAAAUGUUCAGAAGAUGAAUACUGUUCGAAUACUGUGGGAUCGUUUUACUGCGGCAAAUGUCACUCUGCUUGUGAUGGCUGUACUCAGUAUGGAGCAGAUAAAUGUAGAGCGUGUUCAGAGGGAUACACACUGACAGACAACACGUGCUCUGAUGUGGAUGAAUGCUCAGUUGAUGCCAAUCUAUGUGCUGGAGAAAAUCGGAAGUGUGUUAACAAUCCCGGAAGCUACUCUUGUUCCUGUGAUGAAGGAUAUAUUGAAAAAGAGGACAAAUGUAUUGUGAAACCAAAAGGUUUGUAGAUUAAGUGUCAGUCAAGAUUAGAAUUCUUUUUUGCAAUGUUUUGUUAGCAUGAGUAAUAUACUGUAUAAGCAGAAUUUUUAGCAAAGAUUUGAUUUUGACAUUUUGGCAUUAUUAACAAGGGUGUUUAGAUUGCUAAAAUUGAAUAUCGUGAUCAAUUCAUUCUGCAUCAUAGGUAAUAGUUAUCUCUCUUGGAAUUAUAAAGUCGCUAAAAUUAGCUCUCACUAAAUAUAAAUACCCAUUUUUAUGGGGAAAAUCGCUAAAUUUGUGGCUUUUGCGAAAAGUUAUACGAUAUUUAGAAGUGAAAUCAUGUUAGUUUUUGAAAACCAAAUCUUUGUGUAUUGCUUCUUCUGAAUAUGGUGUCACCUAAGGUAUUUUUGAACAAUUUGAUAUCAGUUGCAUUGCAAAAUUUCAUUAGUUGAGAAAAUCAUUAGACAAAUGGUUUUCUUGUAGAAGCAGUGUGGCUUUUCAGUUUUAGAAUUAAUGCAUUUAAAGCAAUAAAAGCUGUAAUUUAUAGUAUGAAAAUAAAAAGUAAGGCAACCAGUAAAAUGGCAUGUUUAUCAUCUCAUUGAAUUAGGACUAGUUAGUAAUUAACCUGUCAAAUCAUUUUGAUUUCUGAAUUACUGUCUCGCUGACGGUGUUUUCCAUUCAUAAUCAUAGUAUGCAUUGAACCCAGAGGUCAACAGUUAGAAAUGUAGUCACUGCACACAUGCAAGUUUCGUAAACAAGUCAGGAAGAGAGAGUUCAUCUCAUUGAUUCUGCAUGAAAGAGAUUCAAAUUUACAUAGUUAUUACUUUUUCCCACUUUAAUUCAUUGAUGACAUGAUAGAAUUAGCAAAAACAAAUAAAAUUCACAGUCACUAAUGUCUGACAUCAUCUAUAUAUAACUGUUUUAUCAGAGUCACAUCUAAGUUCAGUAAUCAUCGCUAUCGUGUCCAAGAGAUAAUUACAUGUACAUGUAGGCGGUGAUCGUUUCAAAGGAAAGUGCACAGCAUGAUGCAAUUCAUCAGUGUUACUUGUUUAUCAUGCUGAAUUUUUUAUCCUUUCUCUUAGUGUUAAGGGGUGUCAACUUUGUGUUAAUUGAUGUUUAUGGAGACCAGCAAAAUAUUAAUGUCAGUUAGAGCUGGCAUCGCUUUAAAGUGUGAAAUGUUUGGUCGACAAUAGAAAACCAUGUUAUGACAAUAGAAAACCAUGUAAUCGAGAUAGAAAAUCAUGUUAUGGGGAUAGAAAAUCAUGCUAUGGGGAUAGAAAAUCAUGUUAUGGGGAUAGAAAAUCAUGCUAUGGGGAUAGAAAACCAUGUUAUGGGGAUAGAAAAUCAUGCUAUGGGGAUAGAAAACCAUGUUAUGGGGAUAGAAAAUCAUGCUAUGGGGAUAGAAAACCAUGUUAUGGGGAUAGAUGGGGAUAGAAAAUCAUGAUUGGGGAUAGAAAAUGAUUUGGAAUACAUUUGCUUAUUCAUGAAUGACUGUAUGUAUUAUCAAGCAUAAACUAUACCUAACCAUUUUCUUCCUUCAUAACUUGGUCAGCAUUUACCUUCAUUUCACAGGAAUAUCUUCCCUUCCCACCCCCACCCCUCAAAAACACCAUUAAAACCAUGUACCCAUAACUUGACAUGUAUUAUAGAUAUGAAAAAUACCCUUGAUUUGCUUUUAAGAAGAAUAUAGCCUGUAAACAUGGUAAAUUUCUGAUUCAAAUAACAUUUUCAAACUUUAAGGCAGAUUUUUCAAAGUUUGCAUGUGAAAUUGUAAUGCAGAUAUGUUACUGUAUAGUCUGUUACUGUAUAGUCUGG